AUGGCCGGCGUUUUUACGAAGUUUGUUGCCCGUGGAUUGUUUUGUAGAAAUAUCGUCCUGAGACAACUGACUACUUCCAAAUCUAUCGCGUUUUCAAAUGCCAGAUUCAUUUCUAACGCUGAAAAAUUUCGAAAACCAAAUUACAAAUAUUCGCUUCAUCGUGAACCUGGAAUAUCUGAGUUGAAUGAUAUCGAGAGAUUUCUCCGUAAACAAAGAAUUAAGGGUGCGUUAUACAGUGCUGAAGUAAAUGCACAAGCUACUGAUGGAUUUUGGGCUAGAAUUGUUAAAGCUGGCGAUCCUGAUCUUGUUGAGAGAUAUCUAAAUAUGACAGCCAGAUUGGGACUUCCUAUUAACCCGGAAAAAAUUCUAAAGGAUCUACGAGACGCUGGUCUGACUCCCACUUCCAGAGUGUAUGGCUCGUUUAUACAUCAUAGCUGCUCUGCCGGAGAUAUGAACCGAACAAGCCAUUAUCUAGGUAUGCUUCAAAGUGCUGGGUUCAAGCCUACUCGUUUUAUUUUUUCUCAGAUUCUGCAUGGUUACGUGAAAGCCAGACUCCCCGAAGAAGUUAUUUCUACGCAGGAAUUAUUAUCUCAAAUAGGUUUAUGGCCAUCUAAAUUUGCAUAUGAAGGACUUUUGUUUGCUUAUGCUGAUAUUGGUGACGAAGAAAGCUUAUUACGAACUUUGGAUGAGGCUUAUACUGUACUCCCUUCAAUAACGGACAACCAAGAAACAGAAUAUUCUAAUGAGAUUUCAGCUUCUGUACUCUUGGAUAUUUACACGAGGUUAAUAUGUUCGUUGCCAAAUACAAAUGCAACUUGUAAUGAGAUAUUGAAAAAACUGUCUGCGAUGGAUAGAUUUCCGUUUGAUUUUGCCAUUGACUCUGUUAAAGUACUCUUAGCAAAAGGCCGCCCAGAUGCUGCUUUGGAGAUUUUUAAAAUAAAUUAUUCUCAUGAACGGAACAAUAAUCAUUUAUCUUCACUGCCUACUUAUGCUGUUGCUGGUGGUUUGACUCCAAAAGCAUUAGAACCUUUCUGGGAAGCAGCUGAUUUGGACAGUAAAGAACUGCUUAUACUUAGAAAUAAAUGUAAAUUACAAUUCAAUCGAACUGGCAAAACCAAUGAAUUGGGUAAUCAAUUUCAGUCUUGUUUAAAUGAAAACAAUAUAGAAGGUGGUCUUAAUUUAUUGAAAAAUCUAUCAAAAACAAACAUUUCAUUAGCGUAUUCAUUUAUUCUACCAAAAUUAAUCCACUUGGGCUAUUCUAUAGAUAAUUUAAUUGAACAAACUGAGGAUAUUGAAAUUAAAAAAGCUUUAGUAUUUGGUUACAUCCUUCAUAAUUUAUCAUCAAUACAAUCAACUGAUAAUGUAAAAUCCAUAUUAAAUAAUUGUUUAGAAUUAAUUAAUAAAUAUCGUACUGAUCAAUUAUUACCAUAUAAUGAUAUGAUACGUUUAGGCAAUGCUCAUGUUGUGAAAUUGUUAACAAGCAUUAUAUCUGUUUCGGAUGUGGCAGAAAUCGCCAAUACAACCAAGUCAGCUGUCAUGUAUGACAUUUUCAGCAUUUUAAAUCAAACACUGACAAAACGUGCAUUACGUUCACUUUUCGUACAGAUUUUUGAAGCUUUAUUAUUAGUCAACGUACGAUCUUUUCAUGGUAUUCCAAAAACUACUGUCAUUCAACUUGUAGCUGAUGUAUGCGCUCAACAGAAUAUUACAUUUCCUCAUGACUUUUGGUUAUUGUCUCAAUUGAAAGUGAUCGGUGUACCGAAGCAUAUUAUGGAAAAAAUUACUUCUGAACAACCAGGAGAACAAACUCCCAUCACAAAUCUGAGCGUUCUACUCUUUGGUGCAGUCCAUAAAAAUGCAACUGAAGAUUCACCAGCUGCUCAUUUGAAACCGGUGUCUAAAGAAUCAGUGCCAGCUGCUGCUGAAUCUCUUGUUAAAACACUAAAAACUAAUCCUGAAAAUUUAGAAGCAGAAUUAAUGUCAAUUAACAAAUCUUGGGGUUUACAAAAAAAAUCACUUUUAUUAUGUUAUCUCGUCAAUCUUGGAUCGGACCGUUUAGUUGAUCGUGUGUUACAAUUUAUUCCUGACGAACAUAAACAACGUCUUGAACCGAUGAAAUCGUUUGCAUUUGGUAAUCCACGCAAUCCAUUGACUGAAUCUGCACUACUUCAUUCGCUGGAAUAUCUAAAAACUUAUGACUCUAAACAUAUUCCCAAUUUUGUGGAUCAUUGUCUUCGUAAUGCAGCUUUAUCAACAAACGAUGAAAGUUUUUGUCAAUUAAUUCGUACACUGGUAUCACCACCGUUCAAUAUGGAUCUUCUUCAAAUUUGUAUACAACCAACUCUGCAAGUAUUAUAUCAACGUUUAAAUGAUAGUAAAAAUUUACCAGAAGAUAUACUUCAAGCUACUAAUCCAAUUAUUCAAAAAAUGGAUGCAUUGAAAACGAAAGCUUCCAAUUAA